AUGGGGAGCUCUAAUAAGCCCCAAGACUGGAUUUUUCCGGCGGCCCUUUUUCUAGCGACGGUCGUACUCUCCGCACGCGCCGGCUCCGAGCAGCCGGCGCGCGGCAUUCCCAUCAACGGCAGCAAGCUUCUCUCCGCCGGGACUUGCAAUUUGUACCAGGGCAAAUGGCUCCUCGACCCUUCAAACACCCUCUACAACUCGGGCUGCCCGUUUAUCGACCCCGAGUUCAACUGCAUCAAGUCGGGUCGACCCGACAAAACCUUUCAGAACUAUGCCUGGAAGCCAGAUUCUUGCAACCUGCCCAGGUUUAAUGGGUUGAAUUUUCUGGAGAGGUGGAAGGGGAAGAAGAUAAUGUUUGUGGGUGACUCACUGAGUCUGAAUCAGUGGGAGAGUCUGGUCUGUAUGAUUCAUGCUGCUGUACCUAAUUCUAAAUACAGCUAUGUCAGACAGGAGUCACUUUCUUCAGUCACAUUCCAGAGUUAUGGAGUUACCAUAUUUUACUACCGAUCGCCUUACUUGGUAGACAUAACGAGAGAGCCGGUGGGUCCCGUUUUGAACUUGGGCUCGAUUAAACAAGGUGAUAACUGGAGAGGAAUGGACAUGCUCGUAUUCAACUCGUGGCAUUGGUGGACUCACACGGGAAAUGCCCGAUCAUGGAAUCAUAUACGGGAUGGAGCCAACCUAUAUAGCGACAUGAACCGUCUCGUGGCUUUUUACAAAGGCUUGACCACUUGGGCUCGAUGGGUCGACAGUAACAUCGAUCCAACUAAAACCAAAGUCUUCUUCCAAGGGAUUUCUCCUACUCACUAUCAGGCUAGAGAGUGGUCAUCAAGAUCUAAGGACUGCUCGAAUGAACAAAUCCCAUUAUCCGGGUCGACUUAUCCAGCCGGGUCGCCUGAAGAAGUUCAGGUCGUUUAUAAAGUACUAAGCAGAAUAAAAAAACCCGUGACAUUGCUCGAUAUAACAACUCUAUCUCAGCUGAGAAAAGACGCUCACCCUUCGCGCUAUAGUGGAAAAGGAAAGGGAGUUGACUGUAGCCAUUGGUGCUUGCCUGGAUUGCCCGACACGUGGAAUCAGCUGCUAUAUGCGUAUCUCUAG